AUGAUCGAUUUGCCUGUGAAAGAAGAGGAGUCGCGUGAUGUGCCUAAAUCGAAUACGACUGUGAGCACAAUGUCCGUGGGCGAGUACUUUGCUGCAAAAAUGGCAGCACUGAAGGCGAAGCGUGAACAAGGAAUGGAAGAAAUGAUAGUGAGUCCGUUACUGCCCAUUCACUCCACAGCUAUUUCCAACUUUAGGUGUAUUCAAAGCGUUCAGGUUGAUGUCGAUGUUAAGAACGAAGAGGCUGUGGUCAAGGAAGAGAUUACACAAGAGGAAACAGAAGAAGAGAGAAAAGACAGAAAGAAGAAGAGAAAAGAGAUGAGAAAACUGCGCGAGUCCGUGCAAUACAAGACACCAACAGAAUCUUGCGAAGUGAAGGUCGAAAUUGCUGAAGAAGAAGAGACUCAAAUCAAAAUUGAAGUUUGUGAAGAAGAAGAUGAGCUUGAGAAGGAAGGAAAGAAGAAAAAGAAGGACAAACAAUUUGUGGAAGAAACUCGUGGGGCCUUUUUUGGUAUUACUUAA